AUGAAUCAGGCCUCUCUAUAUCAGCACGCCAACCAGGUGCAAAGGCACGAUGCCAAGCUGAUACUGGAUGAGUUUGCAUCGACGCUACAGUGGAGAACCGAUGGCGAGGACACGCUCCUGGAUGUGGGCUCUGGAUCUGGUAAUGUGCUCAUGGACUUUGUGAAACCCCUGCUGCCGAGUCGUGGCCAAUUGGUGGGCACUGAUAUAUCCAGCCAGAUGGUGGGCUAUGCCAGUAAGCAUUAUCAGCGAGAGGAGCGGACCAGGUUCCAGGUCCUGGACAUUGGCUGUGAAAGUCUGCCACAGGAGUUGAGAGGAAGAUUCGAUCAUGUCACUUCGUUUUACUGCCUUCAUUGGGUGCAGAACUUGAAGGGAGCCCUGGGCAAUAUUUACAAUCUUCUGCGACCCGAAGGCGGUGAUUGCCUUUUGGCCUUUCUGGCCUCCAAUCCGGUUUACGAGGUAUACAAAAUCCUUAAAACAAAAGAGAAAUGGUCGAGCUACAUGCAGGAUGUGGAGCAAUUUAUAUCGCCACUGCACUAUAGUUUGAAUCCUGGCGAGGAAUUCAGUCAGUUACUCAAUGAAGUGGGUUUCAUUCAUCACAAUGUGGAAAUACGCAAUGAAGUGUUUGUCUAUGAAGGUGUGAGGACCCUAAAGGAUAACGUUAAAGCCAUUUGUCCUUUUCUGGAGCGCAUGCCUUCAACUUUACAUGAAGAUUUCCUAGAUGAUUUCAUAGAAAUUGUCAUUUCAAUGAAUUUGCAGCAAGGUGAAAGCAAUCAGGAUCAAAAGUUCUUAUCACCCUAUAAGUUGGUGGUGGCCUAUGCCAGAAAAUCACCAGAAUUUGUUAAUAAUGUUUUACUUGAGCCGCCGCAUCAAAGCAUUUUCAAGGGAGUUGAUUGAUUAUUUUAUAAACAUUUACAGAGUUUUCAGAGUCUAUUAACGCCAAAUAAUGUACUUAACUAACAGAAUAUUAAUUUUAGUACACAAAGUUCCUAUGAUUUGUGAGGCACAGUAGUUUAUAGCUUAA